AAAAAAACAGCAGUUCAACAGCUGAAACAAGACACUUUUUUAUUUAUUGUAUACAAAUGAAGUGAAAAAUGCUUUUGCUAUUCUGUUUGACUGGCCUUAUAUGGAAAACAGCACAUCUAAAAGUAGUCCAACAAGAAAUGAUAAAUGACUUUGGCAAGAGUGUGACUCUGAUUUGCACAAACCUUACUUGGCAUCAGCUUUUAAUGGAAAAAUGGACCAUUUCAAAUAUGAAUGAAGAAAAGUGUUACAUUAAUGUGACUCAUAAAGGAAGAAUGUCAAAUAACUGUACUACCAUAAGAAUAAAUACCUCAAAAUUGACUCCAUAUCUUUAUAUACCUUCUUUCCAACCAAAUGAUGUAGGAAGUUAUUCAUGUGAAACACUUUACAGUGGUGGAAAGGCUGCGAUACAGUACUAUUUAUGGGGCAUUUACCAUGUAAACAAAGAGUUUGGAAAAAAUGUUUCUCUCAAUUGCUCACAUCAAAAAUCUGGUGAAAUUAUUUCUGAAAAUUGGAACAUAAGAACUAAGAAUUACACAGAAUGUGUUAUUUCUAGGACAAGACAUCACACACUAAAUAAUACUUGCAAUGAAACAAAGGAAAUUUUUCUGUAUUUUAAACAAGACCAGUCACAUCUUCAAAUAACCAAUUUUCAAGACAAAAAUGAAGGAAAUUACACAUGUGAAAGAAGACAUCAAGCUGGACUGUACAAAGCUGUAUUCAUUUUAAGUGGGCCCUCUGGAAAAUUCAUAUUGAAAAUUCUAACAAUUGCUGGUUUUCUUGCCAUAAUUGUAAUUGGACUGGUUCUGCUCAGGAUUUGCUUCCCAUCAUUGUUUGUGAUGAUUUUGCACAAAAAACAGGCAUCCCGAGACUCUGAACCGUGGUCUACAUAAGGAAAGCAAAAAAAGAAAAAAAAAUAACAAGAAGAACAGACAAAAAAAAUCCACCUGUAGAUUCUUCAGCAGCAUGUUACAAGCAAAGGGUCACACUGGCUGAAACCAGGAAGUGGGUGUGUGAAAUGUUACUAUAGAGCGUCAAGUCAUUAUUUAAGGUUUAAUCAACAGACAUUCAGAACCCAAGGUCUUCAGUAAAGAGUAUGUUUAGUACAUUUUUUACCUUUUGUUUAGUACAUUUAAUAUUGAAGAUUUUUUGUUCCCCCUCCCAUUUAGAACUUAUAGUCCUUGGCUUCUUUGAGUUUCAGGGAUAGCUUUACUCUGAGUGUUUAAGCCUGUUUUGGAAUUACAGGCCUUUCUGCAGCUUUCCAUCAUAUUCAAAGAAAGACAGAACUUUGGUUUACUCCACUGACAUAAGUGGCCUAGAGCAGAAACUUGGCAGAGAUUUAAAUUGUGAAGAAUGGAAACUAUUUACAGACUCAUUUGAAAGAAGCCUAAAAGGAGCGACUCCAUUGUUUUCUCAGUGAGUGGGAGAGCAGAGUCAAGAAUUAAUAUUGGGUUGAGACAUAAUGGCCAGCUAGAAAAAAACUACACAUUGGUAUGAAGAAAAUAUCAUUAGACCUAGCUUGGUAGAUCUAGAUAAAGUACAGCUACCACCAUUUCAUAUCAAGCUUACUUUAAAGAAGCAGUUUGUCAAAGCUCCAUCAAAAGAUGGAGCCAGUUGUAUAUGUUUGUGCUGAGAAUUUCUGGAUUGUCUUAAGCUAAAUUAAAAGAGGGAAUUUUUGCUUGACCUGAUAUUAGAAAACUGAUUUUUGAUGUAGAAUUUGAUUGUGUGAUAAACAACCUGGAGCAAGAGGCUUGGGUAUCAUUCAAAGAAGCAAUUUUUAAUGUUUUUAUGCAACAAUAAAGAUUCAUAUUAUAAAGAACUGUGAAAUUGUGAAAAAUGCAUUAGUUAAAUUUAAAGAAUUGGGUUGCAAUACGAGUCUCAAAGUUAAUUUUUUGGAUUUGUAUUUGGAAUUUUUCCCAGAAAAGUUUGAAACAGUGAGUAAAGAUCAGGUUGAAAGAUUCCUUCAGGCUAUAAAGGAGAUGGUAAGAAGGUACCAGAGACAUUGGGAUGUCAGCAUGAUGAUGGACUACUGCUGGAUAAUUCAUAGGGACAUACCAGAAAAAUUGACUUAUGAUGGACCAACAAAGUUUAGGAUCAAAAAAACUAAGAAGUGACAAAAACUAAGAACUUACUGUAUAUAUAAAUCAAUAAAUAUGUAUUGUUUUCUUUGCAUGUAUGUUUAAAAAUUACAGAUUAAAAUAUUUACUCAAUGUUAAAUUGGAUUAGAACAAUAUUGUAUACGUAAAUAAACUAUGUUUUUUGUUAAAUGUUAAUUUUUUUUAAAUUUUGUACUUAAAUGUGAUGUGAUGGAAACCUAAUUAUAUUUUUUAUAGUG